AUGACGUCUGCGACGGAGACGGCGGACGACGGCGGAGCCACCGCCACCGACCUGUCCGCCUUACAUCCAGACAUUGUCAAGUCUCACGUACUCACUCGAUUGGACGGUACAGCCCUAGCGUCCGCCGCCUGCUGCUCAACCGAUCUCCGGCGGCUUUCGUCGGAGGAAGACCUUUGGGCCACCGUCUGCCGCGCCACGUGGCCAUCCACGAGUUUGCGGCGACUUUCCGAAUUCGUCUCUGCAUUCCCCAACGGCGGAGCUCGCGCCUUCUUUUCUCACGCCUUCAGGAUUCCGGCGGACGACGAAGACGUCGGAAACCAGUGUUCGUCUCCACCGCCGCCAGAAUUAAUCUCAGCCGUCGAUAUUUUCCACGGGGAUAAGCUGAUUUUCUCGAAGGUUCAGGAGACGGAAACCGUCACCGGGUGGUUCCGGUGCUCCCCCUUCAGGAUCGACCUUCUGGACCCCAAGGACCUGGUGCUCACGCCGAUGAAGCACCCCCAGGGAGACCAAUCCUGCAAGGAGAUGAUGGAUUGCAUGACGCUGAGCUGGAUUCUAAUCGAUCCCAUCGGACGGCGGGCGGUGAACCUCUCGUCCCACAGUCCCGUCGCCGUGCACCGCCACUGGCUCACCGGCGAUGUGCAGGUGCGCUACGCCGCGAUCAUCUCCCGUCACGUGCAGUGCGCGGCGGUGGUCACGUGCGGAGGGUCUGAGGGCGGGGAGAUGCAGGUGAGGGAAGUCAACUUAGAAAUGGAGGAGAUGGAUGGAACGCGGUUGAACGGCAAGGACAGUCUUGUCUUUUUACAUAGGGCAUUGGAGGGCAAAAGGGGCACUGGAAAGAACAAGGUACAACUAGCGAAGCGCAGGUACAACCAGUUCCUUGAAACUAAGAGACAAAGGAAAGAAAGGAUGGUUAGAACGGAAGAGGCAUUAGACAUGUUUUGCGUGGCAUUUGGGCUAUCCACUUUUGUCGCAAUUUGGUGUUUUCUUUUGUGCACAUAGCAAGCAUCAAGCAAGACAAACAAUUAAUUAAUUAAACGUGUUAGAAUUCAGUAUUGUAAUUAAUGAUACAACGAAAUGGCAUGUAUAUAUAUAUAUAUAUAUAUGUAUAUACAUAAACUAUUUAAAAAUUAUUACCACAAAACGUGGUUACACGCAUUUUGGCGGGCUUUCUAAAUAAAAUGC